CCGGUCCCGGUUACAUGCAACUAACAUCGAGAGAGCGAUCAGGGCCAACCAUGCUGCCCUGGAGGAUGAUCAUUGUUGGUCUUUUCUACUGCUGCAUCAGAACAGGUGUCACACGAUGUCGGACUAAAGCCCUAUUCCCAGGUGCAAGCAGAAUAAAGCGAGGGGUGACAAACGUGGUAAACCCCACCUUCCACAACUCCUUUGAUGACGUUCAUCUAUUAUUUGAGAUCCUUCUGGCUGUCACACACUUUGAGACCAGUGGAGAGUUCUCAGUGCAAGAUGCUGAGCUGGCUUCCCUUCGCAAGACAAGAAACAUGGAAGUCAUCUGUGUGGAGGUCAUUCCCAGGAAGCUAACAGAUGUAUUUAGGCUCAUCUCUGGCCUUUCAAAUCAAAUUGGUCAUCUACAUCAGGACAAUUUUGAGCGCACCCUGCUUACCUUGGCAUAUACCGCCCAAGGGAUGGUCAAUUCCACUACUGAACACCAACGAAACAUGUGGGCCAAGUCUUUUGUUAGUUUGUACAAAGCCAUCAAGCAGGAUCUGACAGGGACACACUGA